GUCAGCAUCAUGCAGAUCUUCGUGAAGAUGUUAACUGGCAAGACCAUUGCCGUGGACACCGAACCGGAAGCAACGGUGGAAAGUGUAAAGAAGCAGAUCGAUGAGCGUGAGGAAAUUCCCCCGAAUCAGCAGCGCAUGAUCUUCGCCGGUAAACAGCUUGAGGACGGCCGUCAGCUUCAGGAAUACAGCAUCAUCAAGGGCUCGACCAUUCAUCUCGUUCUGCGACUGAAGGGAGGCAUGCAGGUUUUCGUAAAGAUGUUGACUGGCAAGACCAUCGCCAUUGACACGGAACCAGAGGCAACGGUCGAAAGUGUUAAGAAGCAGGUUGAUGAGCGGGAGGAAAUCCCCCCAAACCAACAGAGAAUGAUUUUUGCCGGCAAACAGCUGGAGGAUGGUCGCCAGCUUCAGGAGUACAGUAUUAUCAAGGGUUCCACUAUCCAUUUGGUACUGCGUCUCAAGGGUGGCAUGCAGGUCUUUGUCAAGAUGUUGACUGGCAAAACUAUUGCGAUUGACACGGAGCCGGAAGCGACGGUCGAAAGUGUAAAAAAACAGGUCGACGAACGCGAAGAAAUUCCUCCGAAUCAACAGCGCAUGAUCUUUGCUGGCAAACAGCUAGAAGACGGUCGUCAGCUGCAGGAAUACAGUAUCAUCAAGGGUUCAACGAUUCAUUUGGUCCUUCGGCUCAAGGGAGGCAUGCAGAUCUUCGUGAAGAUGUUGACAGGAAAAACGAUCGCAGUGGACACCGAACCAGAGGCAACGGUCGAAAGUGUGAAGAAACAGAUCGAUGAGCGUGAGGAAAUCCCCCCGAAUCAGCAGCGCAUGAUCUUCGCCGGCAAACAACUAGAAGAUGGUCGUGAAUUGCAGGAAUACAGUAUCAUUAAAGGAUCCACCAUACAUCUUGUGUUGCGGCUGAAAGGAGGUCAGGAAUAG